ACUCUCUUCUGAGGAAACGAAACUGAUCUGAGUCUCUGUGUCGUCUGUCUGUGUGAGAGUGAACAACCGUCCAAAUGGCUCAGCAGGGAGUUCUGCUGGACCAGGACCAGUUCUGUUGUUCUGUCUGUCUGGAUCUACUGAAAGAGCCGGUGGUUAUUCCCUGUGGACACAGUUACUGUAGAAUCUGUAUUGAGGGCUACUGGGAUCAGGAUGUUCUGAAAGGGGUCUAUAGCUGUCCUCAGUGCAGACAUACCUUCACUCCAAGGCCUAAUCUGAGGAAAAAUAACAUGUUGGCUGAGGUGGUGGAGAAACUGAGGAAGACAGGACUCCAGGCUGCUCCCCCUCCUGCUCUGUGCUAUGCUGGACCUGGAGAUGUGGCGUGUGAUUUCUGCACUGGGACCAGAAAGCAGAAAGCCCUCAUGUCCUGUCUGGUGUGUCUGGCCUCUUACUGUGAGACUCACCUCCAAUCUCACUAUGAAUCUCCUGCUUUCAAGAAGCACAAGCUGGUCAAAGCCACCGCACAACUACAGGAGAAGAUCUGCUCUCAUCAUGACAAACUGCUGGAGAUUUACUGUCGUACCGAUCAGCAGUGUAUCUGUCUGCUGUGUGUGAUGGAUGAACAUAAAGGCCAUGAUACAGUGUCAGCUGCAGCAGAGAGGACUGAGAAACAGAGGCAGCUGGGGAUGAGUCAGCAGAAGGUCCAGCAGAGAUUCCAGGAGAGAGAGAAGGAGCUGAAGGAGCUCCAACAGGCUGUGGAGUCUUUCAAGCGCUCUGCUCAGUCAGCAGUGGAGGACAGUGAUCAGAUCUUUACUGAGCUGAUCCGCUCCAUUGAGAGAAGGAGCUCUGAGGUGAAGGAGCUGAUCAGAGCCCAAGAGAAGGCUCAAGUGAGUCAAGCUGAAGGACUCCUGGAGCAACUGAAGCAGGAGAUAGCUGAGCUGAGGAAGAGAAGCACUGAGCUGGAGCAGCUCUCAGACACAGAGGAUCACAUCCAUUUCCUCCAGAGUUAUCAGUCUCUCUCCAGUAUCAGUGUAUCUUCAGACUUACCCAGCAUCGUUGUCCGUCCUCUUCAGUACUUUGGAGAUGUGAGUAAGACUGUGUCUGAACUGAGAGAGAAACUAGAAGACUUCCUUAAAGGAGAAUGGACCAAGAUCUCCACUACAGUGAAUAUAGUGGAUGUUGUACUGCCUCCAGAGCCCAAGACCAGAGAACAGUUGUUACAAUACACUUCUGAUCCCCAGCAACAUGGACACCCCUACAGUCGACACACACAACUUUAUCCACUGAAACUACACAAUCCUCUAUCCCAUGACCUCCUGCACACUUCCCACAUCUUGGAGUCUCCCUCCUACAAACUGCUGCAACACGACCAUAAACGUUGCACCUGAAACAGCUCAGUGGAUUCAAAACAAAGACUCUAACAGGAUAACUGAUACAUCCUAACAUGACUUUGUCGGGUAAAGACUCAAAACUCAAAAGGACUGACAGUGAUUCCUCUGUUUUACCACGCUCACCACCGGAUCUGCGUCACACCAAACGGCAGGCAUCACAAACACCAAGAGUCUUCAACUUCAAUUGCUCAACCUCCACACUAACGCUACCCCAGAAAUCACUAAUUUCAAUGGUGCCCUGUUCCUAAGAGCAAAGAAACAGAUCUUGACUCAAGUUGCGUGACACGGAGCGACCACUCUCUCUGGUCAGAAGAAACACAAACAAAUAUCACAAGUCCCAACCACCGUGAAACCACAAUUAAACUAUGUUUUCCAAUUGAAUCAUAACAUUUGAAAUGUCUGUUCUUUUGAAAAUAAAUGUUGUG